AUGUUUUUAAGGGGUUCAAUAAAUUUGCUCAAAAAUUUGUCUAAAAGUUAAAUAAAUAUUAGAAAUAACUAAUAGCUUCUCAGUUAAUUCAUUAAAUUUAAUUUCUGCGUUAAUGAUAAGCAAUCUCAUUAACAUCAGCAUUAGCAUGUGCAUGUUCAUACUAAAGAUUGCAAUCAUGAUCAUGACCACGACCACGAUCAUCAUCAUGGUCAUAAUCAUAUUCAUGAACACGAACAUGGUAAGGAGCAUGAAACCUCUGAUUUCAACAAACAGUAGGAGAUAAAUCCUUAAGAUUAACAAAUUAUGUAAACAACUGAAGAAUAUACAAAAGCCCUUCAAUUUUACAGUCAAGGAAAAUAUAGAAUUUCUCAUGAAUUUUUCAGAAGAACAAUUGAAUCAAUUAAGAAGUCAGGAUAAUAGGGUUCUUCUGAUCAUAUCUGUGUACUUAAAAAGAUGGUUAGCAAUUAAAUCUAGUUGAGAAGAUAUCAAGAAGCUGAAAAUACAAUCGAAGAAAUAAUUGAGAUUCUUUAAAAGAAAUCUACUACAGACUCUUUGAUUUAUAAGGAAUACAAUAACUUAUUUUUGCACUGCUUAAAAUAUAACUUAAAUAAGGCUAUUAUUUUGGGUAAGGCAUUAUUAAGUGAAAAAGAAAAGAAGAAUAUCCCUGCUGCUUAUCAAAAGAUUUUUACCUUCAACUUGGGAACAGCAUAUUUGUUGAGAGGUAAUUUUAUUGAUGCUAAAUAACGUCUUAGAGAAUGCAUUAUGUAAGAUCCUAACCCUCUCUUGAGAGGAUAUGCCUUAAACAACUUAGCAGUCGCAUGCUGGUGGCACAAGCACCCUAAUCUAAGAGAUCUUAUUGACUUUGAUGAAAUUGAAGACUCUCACUCUGUCCAUUCAAAAAAAGAAUAACCUAUCUACUCCUUUUAACAAAUUGAUGCUGACUUUGAUAAUGUCAUACCAUUAUUUAAGAAGGCUAUUUGGUAUAUUGAAAAUGUAGACUAAGUAAAAGAACUCCAAUAAAGAAUCUAAUACAAGCAAUUAUUAGAAUCAGAAAAAAUAAUCCCAUCUGAUUUAAAGAAAUUUGAUCCUAACACAAGUAUGAUUUUGACUAAGUAAGAAUGUGGUAUCCCCUUGUUAAAUAUCUAAGAAUUUAUUUUCCACACAAGUCCUCAAAAACGAUUUGAAGCUACUUUUUGGUUCAAAUAUGCCUUGAGAUUCUUUGAAACUGUUGAUCCUAACAACAUUGAGAGAUGUUUAAUCACAUUAGGUGUUUUCUGCACAAACUAUAAUGAUGUUGAAAAAGCAGAAGGUUUAUUUAAGUAAGCUUUAGAAAUGAUUGGAGAAAAUGAUAACUAUAAUAAAAUACUCUGUCUCUAGAUGUAUGGAAGUUUACUCCAAAGAAUUCCAAACAGAGAAACAGAGGGAGAUUAAUUAAUGGCCUAAGCUCAUAAAAUAGCAGAAGUUUUACCAUUCUGGUUUAGAAAAUUAAAUUAUGUCAUUAUCCCUAAACUAGAUUUAUCUUGA